CCGGUAAUUUCUUUUAAAAGGUUCCCGAGCAUUUGCGUGAAAAUCAGACAACAAACCAGGAGUAUGGUUCAUCAAUUCAGCACAAUACAGGGGCUGGAUCUUCGAUGACAACUUGGACAUUCCACGAUGGGUGCGGGUUCUUCGCAGCGCACCAAUGGUGAAACCGGACAUCUACCCUCCAUAUGACAGUAGAUGGAGGCAAACAGGUGCAAAGAGGACGGUGGACAGAGAGGUGGGCUUUAUCAAUAAGCCCAUGAUAGAUGGCGCCUCAUUGCUGGAUGACAGGCAGAGACUACAGACCAUGGCAGAGCUACACAAGGUGGGCCAAGCAGCGGAGCUGGCCUUCUUGGAAAAUAAAAGAGCAAGAGAGGAGGCACAAAAGUCAGAAGCAGAGGGAAGUUUAGAGGAAAGGAGGGACGAUGGUGUGCAGCGAAGUAAGAAUGGUUCAAAGAGUAAGGGAACGACAGAGGAAGAGACGAAAGCAGAUGAUGAAGACAGGGUCACUGAAGGGGAAGGGAAGGGGGGAGAAUCAUCAGCUUCUCUUAAGAGGAAAAUCAGUGACAAGGAAUCAGUGAAAGGAGAUAGCUCAUACCGAGGACCUAAGCGGGCACAUUCAGGGAAGGGAUCAGAUGAAGCUUCCACACAGGGGGAACAGGAGCACAAGGAAGAUAUCGAGGAAGAAGGCAAAGGGGAGCAAGGAUCUCAAGGGGAAGAAAUGGAAAUUACAGCCUCUUCAGAUGACACGUCAACAUCAGCUUCAACGGAUCACCGAACAGAACAUGGGCCCUCAACAGACCGAACUAGCUCUACAAAUAGAUCACCUUUUGGUGAUAUGGAAAACACAACAGAGGACUCGGGGGGGGAGGAGGAUGAAGGAGCAGGGAAAACAUCACAGGAUUCAGAUACAGAUUUGGAUGGGGACAACGAUAAGGGGGAGGAGGAAUGGGAGGAGGAAGAAGAGGAGGAUCCGGAGACACUAGCACAGUGGAUUAAGCACGUUCUCAAGCAUGAUAGGGAAGAAUGGGAAGACAUGGCGGGUACAACACACAUGGUGGACUAUAGGCCAGUCAUGAUCAAGCUGCAGGAAAAGGCAGUACUGGCUGAGGGAUUGAUCUGGAUGUCAUGGCAAGUGGUGGAGACGAUUCCGUAUGGACUGCUGGGGGGUCAGAGGCGGCAGAAUGGGUGGCAAG